UAGUUUGAGUUGGUGUGUCGUGGCAAGCAGGAAAACAAAGCUCCAUUCCUCGUAACAGCAGACAGAGUCAGCUACUACAUCCUACAGUACGAGAAAGCUACGGCGAAUACCACGUUGCCUCUUUCCCUUAUCCUCCUAAGCUCAUUUUUUUCCCCAAAAAAUAAAAUUACACAGCAAAAUUCAACAGACAAAAAGAGCGCAAAAAGAAAAAAGAAAAAUAUUCGGAAAAAUCGGUUAACCGAGUCGUUGGGAGGGAAAUCGCCACGGGAGCAGAGAGCAUUGUCCCUCUCGGACGGACUUGUAAUCAGUAUCCACCCUCUUCAUACACCUCUUUGGGUUUGGAGGCAACCGGUUUCCCACCCCGAGUCUCGUCCCCGAUCCGCACCCACUUUCCGAUUUCCAGCCCAGCUGCUCGUUUUCAUGGCGUUUCAUCAAAUGCAUUGAACAGAAAGCCCCUGAAAAUUUUGAAAUAAACCUGUACACUUUUAGGGCGACAGAGCUUCGGAUUCGGUUCUCUCCUCCUCCUCAUCGAAAACCCAGAAAGGAAAAAUUCAAACUGGCAAAAAGGCGUGUUUGAUUCUAGUUGGAUGCGACGGGCAUUGUGUUUUCCGGGCGUUGAGGCUUGGCGUGAUUGUUUGAGCGGCGGAUCGUACGGUGGCUGGUGGGUUGGAAUCAAAUGCAUUGAGGUGGAGGGAUUGUAGGGAGGGAGGGGCCAUGAGAAACAACGACAUGGUCAGAACGCAGCAGGAAAGAAUGUACGGAAAUGCUCUGCCUCAUCAGCAUUCCGACUCCGACCGUCGGAUUAUCGACGCCCCUGGCCCGUCCCUGCGGCUUUAUCAAGUUUGGAAAGGAAACAAUAAAUUUUUCUUUAAUGGAAGAAUUAUAUUGGGUCCAGAUUCGAGGUCAUUAAUCCUUACUGUGUCCCUAAUUGUGGUUCCAGUGAUCCUGUUCUGCGCUUUUGUUUCGCAAGGACUAAUUCAUCAAUUCCCGCACUACAUUGGCAAUCUUAUUGUGGCUAUAUGUCCUGUAUUAGCAGUAUAUGUUGUUACUCUUCUCUUGAUUACAUCUGCAAGAGAUCCUGGCAUUAUUCCUCGUAGCUUGCAUCCUCCAGAACCAGAAGAUGACGGCUAUGUCUCUAGUAUCUCUUCUGAUUGGCCAGGAAGCCAGAAUGGACCUACAGGCAUACCACCCACAAAAGAAGUUAUCAUUAAUGGCGUGAUAGUUAAAACCAAAUACUGUCAAACAUGCAUGCUAUAUCGCCCACCCCGAUGCUCUCAUUGCUCUAUAUGCAACAACUGCGUUGAGCGUUUUGAUCACCAUUGUCCAUGGGUGGGGCAAUGUAUUGGCAAAAGGAAUUACAGAUUAUUUUUCAUGUUUGUGUCCUCCACGACUGUUCUGUGUCUCUAUGUCUUUGCCUUCUGCUGGGUAAACGUCAUGAAGAUAAUGGAUUAUUACCAUUGCAGUCUCUGGAGAGCUUUAUCAAAGUCACCUGUUUCAGGUGCUCUAAUUCUCUAUACAUUUGGAGCUGCUUGGUUUGUUGGAGGUCUCACAGGAUUCCAUCUCUAUUUAAUUCUCACCAAUCAGACAACAUAUGAAAACUUUCGGUACCGGUACAACGUGAAGACGAACCCUUACAAUCGUGGGUGUUUUAGCAAUGUUGCGGAAGUCUUCUUCUCUGAAAUUCCAAGAUCUAAACAUAACUUCAGGGAAGUGGUCAAGGGCGAUACUUCUUCUGUCUACACCACUUCAAUGCCAUCAGGCCAUCCCAUGAGCCCAGAGAUGCCCAAAGCAAGUUCUGACAUAGAAAUGGGAAAACGACAAGCUGUUGCUGCUGAAGAUCUGGAGGAUAUACAGACUCAGAUUGAUAGUGUUGGUGGAUUGCAGCGGUGCGAGACCCAGCCAAGACAUACAAACUGGGAUCACAAAGCCAACUGGGAGAGCUCACCUGAUAUACAAAUGUUGGCUGCGGAGUUUGGAAUGGAACAUGGUUCAACAGGCAGACAGAAAAUUGAAGGGAGUAUUGAUCUGAAGAGCUAAAUUAUUGGUUAGAAAUUGUUUGUUCUGCUCUUACAGCCAAGAUAAUAGCUGCUAACCUGGAGGAUCGUAUUUGGUUAACGCGUAGUGCUGAACUCCACACAGGAAGGAUGAUGUCACAAUCCUUCUCUGUUGUCGGAAUGAAAGCUCUGAUUCUUUAAAUAGGAAGAUGCACUUGCAUAGAAUCGAACUGCCUUAUGGAUACUUUGGGUCAAGUGUAGUUUCAGCAAAACUAAGGUCUGCAUCUACUCUAUACAUUAUUCGUUAUCGAAUCACGGAAGAGCCUGUACAUUGUGGUUAGAGGUCUGGUGGUGGCUUUCGUUCAUGCGAGGGUUCAAGGUCCAUAGACGUAUAUGUGAGUUGUUUUCCAUUUUUAAGUUGAGAAAAACUGAAACUAUUGGUUCCCCCAGAAAUUAGACAUAUGUAAUCACUUCUCCUAUAAAAACUGUGUAAUAUAUAGAUGAACUUUAUGUCU